AUGGUGUUUGAUUUUAACAUGUCCCUCAGUACAACUUGUAGGGACUGUACCUACAUGUUGGGCAAGCUGGAUUUGAUUUAUGGCCUGACUAAUCUCUCAUGUUUUCAUGGAAUAUAUGUUUCAAACAUGGAGUUGAACUUCUCUGACGGUCAGCCCAUGGAGCCUAAUGGUGAUAGGAGAUUACGGGCAAACCAUCAUUGUAGUCGAGAAAAUGGUGAUGUUAAUCAUUUUAGUGCUAUUGAUGACCUUGAUCCAUGGACAGCAUGGGCAUACAAGCCUCGGACCAUUUUGAUGUUACUUAUUGGUGCAUGCUUUCUAAUGUUGAUCACUAUAUUUUUACCUGAACAAAAGGUUGUGUUCCUUUCAGGAGUUUUAUGUCUUCUACAAUCGCUGCUAGUUGCUUCUAUCUUUUUUAUUACUGGAUUUUACUGGUUUCUCUUAGGAUGGGGAUUUUACUGGGUGGUGGAUAACUUAUGGCUAUCUAGAAGUUGGAAGAUUGAACCUCUGAAGUUGCAAAAUAAUGAUACAGUAUUUUUGUCUCUUGAUCAUUCUCAUCAAGUACUAAGAGAUGGGUUUUGCUUUUUUUUUCUUAAUGCAUUUACCAGUUGGGUAAGCGGGGUCUUGGAUCUAGAAGGCAGUGCAUUUGGAGAUGUUGUUACAUCAGUUAAAAGGGGCAUAUGGGCAAUGAUAGCAGUUUUUCUCGCUUAUUGCUUGCUGCAAGCCCCAUCAUCGAUUCUGAUUAGACCGCAUCCGGCAAUUUGGCACUUAGUUAAUGGCAUGGCUGUUGUUUAUCUUGUUGCUCUCACAUUUUUUCUUUUUCAGAAGCGAGAUGAUGCUCGACAGUUUAUGAAGUUUCUCCAUCCGGAUCUUGGUGUUGGUAAUGCAGUUUAGCUUGCAAAUUCUUUUAUUUUUGCAUCAGUUGAAUGAGAAGCUUAUGCUGAUUGUUUAUACUUUGGAAUUAUGCCUUUGUAAUUACGUGCAUAACUUCCUGAAAGAUUUUAUGGAGCUGACUGCCGCAUAUAUCUUCCUGAAAAUCCUACAAGCAGGUUUAAGAAUGUUUAUGAAACACUUUUUGAUGAAUUCGUUUUAGCUCAUAUUAUUGGAUGGUGGGGUAAAGCUAUAUUGCUUCGUAAUCAGCCUCUUCUUUGGGUGUUAUCAAUUGGAUUUGAGAUGAUGG